UACGUGCGCGCCCCCUCUAUCGCGUGGUGGGGAUCAUCCAUAUUGCUGCUAGUGGUGGAGUUAAGGUUGUAAUCCUGAGAGGCCCUCGGACACGUUUCUUUAUUUUUAUAUGUUUUAAGCCAGCGCUGACUACUCUGCGUCUUAGACUGAAGCUUUUUUGGUCUAGGAGCGACAGAGGAGCGGCAGACUCCGCGGAACAACUUCAUAUUUCCUUGAAAUUGAAGGCGAAUUCGGGCCGAGGGGAGAACUGGUAAUCCUGAGGGGGGAAGAAAGACGGUGGUGGGAAAUGGCCACUCAGGUGGAGACUCUCCUGCCCGGCAACCCGCUUGCUAAAGCUGAGGAGCACGGUAAAGUGAUGCGCGGAGAGCCGGAGGAAGAGGAGGGCGGCCUGGGCGACGGAGCCAAGCGGUCGACGGACGUCGCCGACCAGGGCAGCAGCAGCAGCAUUGGGCAGGGAGGGACCCCCGAUCAUGAUAAUCAAACCUCCAAAGAGGCGACAGAGGAGGGCAAAGGGGGUUGUGACAGCGACGACAAGCGAAACGAGGAGGGUGUUAAAAGCUGCAACAGAAAGGAGUUCACUGAAGCUCCCCCGCCCAAGGUGAACCCGUGGACUAGGAAAAUGAACGCGGUGACCGUGGUCAGCGUGAAUGGACAAGCACACCACGAGUCUUCCGGCCCCGCCAAGGUGGUGAAAGCAGGGAACCCACCCAAAGCCAGACGAGGUGGAAAGGUUGGAGAUUUCGGCGAUGCCAACAGCUGGCCGACUCCAGGGGAGAUUGCGACUAAAGACAUGCAGAUCGAGGCAGUGACACGGACCGUGUCCUGCCCGCCGACUGUCAGGCAGGUCAGAGACUCGUGGAGAUCCACUGGUCAUAAGAAGACUACAACGAUGACCAAGAAGGAGUCAAAGGAGAAGAGGGAGAUCAUCGAGGAGAGUAAGGAGAACCUGAAGGCCAAGUCGGACGAUUCCGGAGAGGAGAAGAACGGCGAUGACGACUCGCAGAAGAAUGGACCGAAGAAAAAAGGAAACAAGCAGAAGUGGGUUCCCCUGAUGAUCGAGGUGAAGUCCGAGGGUCCCAGGGAGCGUUCGGCUUCCAGGAACAACAGCAGACAGAACGAAACCCCUCGUCUGCCACCCAACGCUAGGAACGACCUCAGAGACUGGCACAGUCAAAAGUACGAGCGGGAGUGGCGCGACGAUCACGACGAGGUGUCCAGCGUGAAGAGUGAGGGAGCGCCCUUCCGCGGAGGGUUCAGAGGUCGUGGACGUGGAAGAGGAAGAGGCCGGGGACGAGGCAGAGGUGGUGUAAGAGGUCACUAUGACUACAACUACAGCUACAAGUCCUACGAUAUGAAAGAUGGACCCUAUGGCCAGAAGUUCAGCAACACAGUGACCUACUACUAUGACAACAUGAGCAGCAACGACCUUUACUCAGUCGAUCAGGACCUGCUGAAGGACUACAUCAAAAGGCAGAUCGAGUACUACUUCAGCCUGGACAACCUGGAGCGAGACUUCUUCCUGAGGAGGAAAAUGGAUCAGGAGGGCUUCCUGCCCAUCGGACUUAUCGCCAGUUUCCACAGAGUGCAGGCCCUCACCACUGACGUCAGCCUCAUUCUGGAAGCUUUGAAGGACAGUAAGGAAGUGGAAGUGAUCGACAUGAAGAUCCGUAGGAAGGUGGACCCAGAGAAGUGGCCUCUGCCGGGUCUGACCGUACCUAACCAGACCCACACAGAUUUCUCUCAGCUCAUCAACUGUCCCGAGUUUGUCCCAAGGCAGCUGACCGAGGAGCCCAGAGGGUCUCCCAAAGCUUCCACACCUGUACAGCAGAAGACCAAAACUGAAUCAGAUAUCUCCAACCUCAAGACGAUGCCCAAGGGCCUCUCCGCCAGCCUCCCCGACCUGGACUCUGAGUCCUGGAUUGAAGUCAAGAAGAGGCCCAGACCCUCCCCAGCCAGAACCAAGGUCAGCGCAGAGAAGGCCCCCUCAUUGCAGGAGCAGAAGGAAAAGGACGACUCACUUCGCUCCUUGCCUCCCCAGUCUGGCCCCUCACCCUCCCCUGCUACCCCAGGAAAUAAGGACGGAGUAGAGCAGGAUGAGCCUGAGGAGCUUGACUUUAUGUUCGACGAGGAGAUGGAGCAGAUGGACGGGCGGCGCAAUACCUUCACCGACUGGUCAGAUGAGGAAACGGACGGUGAGAUCGACGACCACGACGUCAACAAGAUCUUGAUUGUGACACAGACGCCGCCCUAUCUGAGGAAACAUCCUGGGGGCGACCGCACAGGACAGCACACAUCACGCGCCAAGCUGACCAGCGAGCUGGUCAAGGUGAUCAACGACGGGCUCUUCUACUACGAGCAGGACCUGUGGGACGACACGUACGAGCCAGAGUACGCCACCAUCAAGCAAGAGGUGGAGAACUUCAAGAAGGUCCACCUGAUCAGCCGCGAACAGUUUGACUGCCUGACCCCUGAACCCCCUGUCGACCCUAACCAGGAAGUCCCUCCAGGCCCCCCACGCCCCCAUCAGAUCCCCACAGACGCUUUGGCAAACAAACUCUUCGGUGCCCCUGAGCCCUCCUCGAUAGCUCGCUCGCUCCCUACUACCGUGCCUGACUCGCCCAACUACCGCAGUGCCCGGACGCCCCGCACACCUCGCACGCCUCACAGGAAGGACCAGACAAUGACGCCGCGCUUCUAUCCAGUGGUGAAGGAAAGUCGUCCUGUAGAUGCCAAGACUCCCCGGAAGAGGAAGACCAGGCACAGUUCCAACCCGCCCAUGGAGUGUCACGUCGGCUGGGUAAUGGACUCCAGAGAGCACCGCUCCCGUACCGCGUCCGUCAGCUCUAACGCCAGCCCGUCCGAGGGCACUCCUGUCCUGGGAAACGUUGGCUGCACACCUCAGUCCCUCCCCAAGUUCCAGCACCCAUCACAUGAACUGCUCAAGGAGAACGGCUUCACGCAACAUGUUUACCACAAGUACCGCCGGCGCUGCCUAAACGAACGAAAGCGGCUGGGAAUUGGCCAGUCACAGGAGAUGAACACACUUUUCCGCUUUUGGUCAUUUUUCCUGCGAGAUCACUUCAACAGGAAGAUGUACGAGGAGUUCAAACAGCUGGUGGUCGAGGACGGGAAAGAAGGAUACAGGUACGGUUUGGAGUGCCUGUUCAGGUACUACAGCUACGGUCUAGAGAGGAAGUUCAGGCCAGACAUCUUUAAGGACUUCCAGGAGGAGACCAUUAAAGACUAUGAGGCUGGCCAGCUUUAUGGACUGGAAAAGUUCUGGGCCUUCCUCAAGUACUCCAAAGCCAAGAACCUGGAGAUCGACCCCAAGCUGCAGGAGUACCUGAGCAAGUUUAAACGCCUGGAAGAUUUCAGAAUUGAUCCGCCUAUGGAGGAAGGAGGCCGCAGAAGACACUCGUCCAGCGGGGAUGGACGCCGCCGGCAUCCUUCUCUGUCCUCCAGCCGGCCCCACAGCCAGGCCGGCUCGGGCCCCAGCCCUGCCCCCACCACCCAGAGCCCUGCAGCCAAGGAUGAUGCCAAACCCACCAGCCAGAAAGCCCCUGCCGCUGAACCCGCACCAGACGCCAAGACACUGAAGUAACUACACCAACUCACCGGCCAACAUGGAUCAACUCGACCACGUCUGCAAGUCGCCGGUUCUCUCUGCGCCACAUGAGGGGGGGAGGGGCAUCCAGCCCUUUAUUCAAGCAUGAGAAUUUUUUUUUUCCCCAACUACAGCUUUUGAUUCAGAAAUAAGGAAGACAAAUAAUUAAUAUGGCUCAUCGAUUAGUUUUACGUUUUCAGGAGAAAAAAGACCUUUUUGUCUUAACGAGGCAAGGACUGGAUGAGGUGUCAAACACUUUAUUUUUUCCCUUCUACGAAUCACAAAUCUUUGCUAGUCCAUGCGGUGGAUCGUUGAGCGAUGAUUUACUAUCCUGGAAAUGUGUACUUUUAUUUUUACUUCUUCAUGUUGACCCCCCCGCCCCCCCUCUCUGUCACUGGGACCCUCACUGUCCUGCUGGUUGAAAGAUAUUUGAUUCCUGGCCCGGAUCUCAGAUUUAUGAUUAUUUUUUCUUUGGCAUGUGGUGAGAUUGGAAACUUGGAAAUAGUUUGAACAACACUGAGCAUCUGAAAGCCCCACUAGAGGAGACUGGGCUGCUCCUGACAUCCAACCGGACCAAAGUGGUUUGAACCGAGCGACUGACAUUUUCAUCUGCAGAGCCCCAGAUACUCUCAGUUGAGGGGGGGGAAAAAACAAAAUAUUUAAUUUACUUUAUGGUUGUACAUCGAGGGGGCAAAUAUUAAAGAACCAAAUGAUAAAAAUAACAAAAAAAGACUUCCAAUCCCUCAUUGUGGACAGGAUCGUUGAAAGUUGCCUUAUUUUAAUGGUUUUACUGCUUCUAACUUGUGCCCGCCACCUUAUUGUCGAUUGUACAGCAUUGAAAUCACUCAUAUAUCCGGGCACCAUUUCCAGCAGAUGCCACUAGGUGGUGCUUUGUCUGCCAGUCUGUUCUCCAACCUGCCCCACUGCUCCCUCAAUCCCCUCCGCUAUCUUUUCUUAACUGUCUUCCAAGCGUCACUCGUCUGUUACAAGUUCCGUAAUUCUUCCCUGUGUUUGCAAGUUGUGGCUUUAUGUGCUGAAACACGUCAACCUGGUGGAAGUUUGUUUAAAAAAAAAAACAAAAAAAACACUUGAGUGGGGUGGAGAGUUGGUUGAGAAGGGAGAGUCGCAGAUGAUCUCCCUUUGGGUUCUUUCUCUUGCCCCCACACCUGCACCUCCCCUGUAUCCAUCCGUUCAUCCAUCCGUUCGACAUCCAUCCAUCAGUUGACGAUAGUGGCGAUCAGGACUGGAAUCAUCAAUCUGGAUUACUUGAAGAAGGAUGUUAUGAGGAGGGUCGUCGUGCUCUGUCGCAGGUGCUCUGGGUGGAGAUGCUAAUGAGGCCCAGACACGUGGCCUCUGACUUCACUGCUGAACUGAAGUUCGCUUGGCACUCGCCACCUCUUUUUGUUUCACACACACACGAACACGAGUUACAGGCAUGAAACCGACGCAGGUACAGACGUAGCAGCGUGAGCAAGCCGACUACGAAACUCACGCACGCACACACACACACACACACACACACCCCGAUGGAAGUUUUGCCUCACUGUGGAGAAAACGUCAAGACUGGAUCGUUCGUCGUCACACUUCCUACAGUCAACUCUGUGGAUACUGAAAUCCAGCUGGAGUACAGAUGAUAUCAAAUAGAAGAAUAAUUCAUUUUUUCAUUUGUUUCUCCACUAAUGUAAAUGUGAAUUUGACAGAUGAAGAGAAAUUAUUUCAGCUCCCUGCUACUUGUUUUGUUUAUAGAACAGAUUAUAUAUUUGCCUUACACGUGUAUGUACUCUUUAUUUUUUGUUUUGUUGUUUUUUUUUUUUUGUUUGUUUUUUUUUUAAUGAUCUCAUUAUUAUCUUUUAAUGCUUUUUAAUUUCACUUUGCAGUUCUAGAGCUGUUGCUAUGAUGGAGGUGGGCUGGAGGGUUGUGUCAGGCUGUUGAACAUCUAUGGAUUUCAGGUACAGGAACACAAUUCACAACACAAAAGGGAAAGUUGACAUCAGUGCGUCAACAGGUAUUCAGCGCAAAAACUAAAAUCUGUUGAGCUUAGAGUAUUUCAUGUUGAAAUCAGUUAAUUUGCUUUUUUUAUUUUACUAAAGAUGUUUUUGCCAAGAAGACAGAGCAGCAUUUAACAUGACUCUAACUGUUCAAUCUUCAGCGUUCAAGUUUUCUGUGAACACUAAAGUCAAAGGAUGCAGAGUAAUACUUUUAAUUUGGGGUUCAAAUUGAACAAUGAGGUCCUAAAAUUUGUGGGGGCCAAAAAUCUAAAUGGAUUUCCACAUGUCAUGAAAUGACCGAUUUUCUGUUGAUAUGUUUGUUGUCAAAGUUUUGUUUUUUUUUCUGAGAUUAUGAGUCAGACAACAUGUUAGUUUAAAAAAAAAGGUUCAAAUGCAUUUGAGGAAGAAUUAGUUUGGAAGAAUCCUGAUAAUUUUUACAUGAAACUGUUUUGGACAGCUUCCUUUUUUUUAAGUCUUGGUCCUUUUCUGUAACAGUCCUCCAGCCUGUUGGUUGGAGGUGGAUUUCAUGUUGUCCUGUAAGUGUGUCUGGUCUCCACUUUCUUCCUCUAAAUCCACAAUUAUUGGAGACAAGAAAAUGCAAAGCAGAGCUGUACUUUUUUUCUUUCUUUUUUUUUGGUUUAUCUUCAGGGAGAUUUGUAUCAGUUUAUCAGAGGCUUACACUUGAUGCAACAAAGUGUUUACUGGAGGUUUAAAGAUAAAGAAAAAUAAGAGCUACAAAAGGAAAAACCUCACUUCCCAAAAACCAGCGAAGCCUUUGAAUUGGUGAGCUGGUUUGCGUGGCUGCAAACAUGGCAGGCUGCCACUGGGGGGGCCUUCUUCCUGGAACAGUCACACGAUCCCUCCUUCCUAAUGUGAUCAUCACCUGUCACCGGACAUUUGGGGGAUUUCAGGUGUUUUGCGAGCUUUCGGCCUUCUGUUAUCAGCGUUAAACCGCAAACUGUCCAAACAAACUACAGGGGGCGCUGCAGCCUCCACUCGUCAGUUUUACACAGACUUGGCCAGGUGGCCGGACACGAGAAAGAUGAGUGAUGGACGUGGCGAUGGAGGGAGAAGCAAAAAAAGGAGAAAACGGAGAGAAAGAGCCGAGUUGGGGUUUGUGAUGUCGCUCACAGGAUUAUGGCUGGUUAUGAUGUCUGGAGACUGAAAAAAGGACAAAAUUCCAUAAAGCCAUAUGAAUAAGAUAACUGCGUAUGAACCAUUAAAAUAGUUCAUUACAUUACAAUAUCCUAGGCUUGUCUUGAGGAAAAAAACAUGAAAACAAGGAAAAAAGGAACAAAAAAAUAUAUAAAAUGGAAAAAUGUAAAAUACUUGAAUGAGAUCUUGUAUUAUAACAUUUAAUAUUCAUAAUAUCUGCUUUGUAGGCUGACGUGAUUCGCUAUUAGUGUUAUUUGUAAUUUGUAGUAAUUAUGCUUUUCCUUAAUAAAGAAAAAAAAACACAAAACGGACAAAAAAACCUCAAACGCUGUUGUUUGAGUGAUUAUUUCAGUCACGUGUGCGAGAGUGAAUGAUUGAAUGAAUGAACUUUGCAGAGAGGUUUGAGACUGUUAGACGUCAGGUGAGCUUUUCGCUUUGUUUUGAAGACGUUUUAAUUUUGUGUCCCGACACUGCAGAAAACAGAGGGGAAAAUCUGGAUCAAACAUCUCGUGAAAUGUUUUUAUAUUAAACAGUCCAGUUAAAACAAGAACAUUCAUGUAUCAAUCACAGAGAUUUCAACAUUCAUUUCUUAUACAGCCAUGUCCCCUUUAAAACAUACAGACGCAUUCAAGGAUGUGUUUUAAGUGCCACGGAAAUGAAAAGUGCAAAUCUUAUCUUCUGUUUGAGCAGCAAGUGAACGCAGCAGCAGAAGAGUCUGGACUGGUGAUCUUGAGGUGCAGUUAGUGAACAUAAAAAAAAAAAAAAAAUGAAAUGCAUUUCUUUACUGUUAC